UGCCGUUUAUCGAAGAGUGUUCUAUCAGUCACCCAUCCCGCCUCCUCCUUGGAAUGACCGAACCUUAGUGUACCCAAAAAGGGGCACAACAAAUUGCAUUUCGGGCAAAUGCUUAUCGCGCUUGCCAGCGCAAACUAUGCGUACAAUUAUAUUAGACCGUUGCUACUGUCUUGGGGACACUCACCUUUUAACGGCACUGAAGAAGCUCGAAAAUUUGAAACAUCUAGCGAUAAGGAAAUGUCACCGUAUAGCUGAAGGCGCGUUUCAAGUUGUCGGUCAGCAUUGCAAAAGUCUGACAACAUUGGAGCUCAACGGAUACUUUCCUUUCGCACAAACGACGGAUAUGUCGCAUGUAAUUCACCUUGUCGAUCUGCAAGUUUUAAAAAUCACGCACAAUCCUAAGGUAUCGGACCAUUUCCUCAUCGAUUUAGUACAAAAUUGUCAGCAGCUUACCAACGUAGACAUUUCGGGUUGCUACUACGUGACUGAUGUCGGAUUAACGGCUAUCGCUACGUUGGUAAGACUCGAAAAAUUAGUCGUCAGUUAUACGCGUCUACUUACCGACGAUGGCUUGAAAAACGUGCGUGGCUUAAAAGAAUUUGAGUGCCGAAGAUGUCUAUUUAGCGAUCGGGCCAUGACAACGCUCAUCCGAUCCUCGCCUGAAUUACAAUUGUUGGAUCUCUCCGGAUGUAGGAAUAUUACGGACUCCACUCUUGAGGUUGCCAAAGACGUUUGUAGCGGUCGAACCAACAACGUGACGUUGAAGAUGAUCUGUGGAGGAACGGGAAUUCUCGCCAAGAAAGAAAUAGGUCGAGAGAAAAUGCCUACGCUGUUGAAUUUAUAUUCAAACCGUCUAUAUGCGAAGUAA